CUCAAGUUCACCGUGUUGCUUAAUUAGGACAUCCCGGAAGAGUAUCUGUCCUGUGCGCAGAGUGACGGUGCAGGGAGGCAGGAGGGGGACCCUGCGCAGCAGCACACAGCCACGAGCCCGUCCUCAACAAAAUAUCGGGAGAGAAAUUUACCGCGGAUCAGAGGAGUAAGGUUUGUCGCCAUGGAAGGUUUAAUGGAGCGGCUGGAGCGAGCUGUGACUCGCCUGGAGAAGAUGUCCAUCAUCGUGCAGGCCUCCAACAGCAUGGCUAACGGGGAUUGUGUCAACGGCAUCGAUGGAGGUUUGUCUCAGUGUGUCGAGGCCUUUGACGUGAUACUGAAAGGUCCAGUCUUAGACUACCUGAACAACAGCCAAGCCAUAGGAAACGAGGUGGAGAAACAUGCAGAGAUGGUGAACGACGCCCUGCAGACUCAGAGAGCUUUGCUCAAAAUGGCUGCCACGCACCAGGAGCCUGCACAGAUGGAGUUUCGUGACCUGCUGAAGCCAAUUUCAGAUCACAUCCAGGAGAUCCAGAGCUUCCGAGAGCGAAACCGCGGCAGCAGCCUCUUCAACCACCUGUCGGCCGUCAGCGAGAGCAUCCCUGCUCUAGGCUGGGUGGCUGUGAGUCAGAAGCCGGGUCCGUAUGUGAAGGAGAUGAAUGAUGCUGCCACCUUCUACACCAACAGAGUGCUGAAGGACUACAAGGACACCGACAGACGUCAUGUAGACUGGGUGCGUUCCUACCUGUCAAUCUGGACCGAGAUGCAGUCUUUCAUUAAACAGCAUCACACUACAGGACUGGUGUGGAGCAAGAUUGGUCCUAUUGCUCCUCCUUCCCUCUUUGACUCCCCCAGCGCUCCCUGUCCCCCACCUCCCCCUCCGGGCCCACCUCCAGUCUUCACCGAUGAUGACUCCCAGCCUCAGACGGACAGUGCGACGCCCCAGCAUUCACUGCUGUUUGCCCAGCUUAACCAGGGCAUGGAGAUCACUAAAGGUCUCAGGCAUGUAUCAGAUGACCAGAAGACCCAUAAGAACCCCAAUCUACGCUCGCAAGCAACACCGACCAACACAAAGUCCACCGGGGCUGUAAACUCGCCCAAAGCAGCCGUCCAGAAAAGACCUCCUCUGCUGGAGCUGGAAGGGAAGAAAUGGAGGGUGGAAAACUUUGAGCAGAAACACGACCUACUGAUUGAGGAGACGGAGCUGAAACAAGUGGUCUACGUCUUCAACUGUAACAACUCCACCUUGCAGAUUAAGGGCAAAAUUAACUCCAUCAUCCUGGAUAACUGUAAGAAGCUGGGUUUGGUUUUUGAGAACGUUGUUGGGAUUGUGGAGAUCAUCAACUCCAAGGCAAUUCAGUUACAGGUGUUGGGAAAAGUUCCCACCAUUUCCAUCAACAAGACAGAGGGCUGCCAGGUCUACCUGAGUAAAGACUCCCUCGACUGUGACAUCGUCAGUGCCAAGAGCUCUGAGAUGAACAUCCUGAUACCACAAGGAGAUGACGAAUAUCGGGAGUUUCCAGUGCCGGAGCAGUUCAAGACUGUUUGGGAUGGCUCCAAACUGGUGACGGAGCCCACUGAGAUUGCAGGCUGAUCAGUGCUUCAUCGUCUUCACCACUGGCACACCAAUCAUCACCGAUGGUUUUAAAACAGUGAAAAGGGAUUUUCAUAGGCAGGCACCGCAUUGGAUUGGCUUUUGGUUCCUGCUCAUUGUUGCUGUAUUUCAUGUCUCUCUAGCACUUUCAAACAUUUGAUUAUGAGGAACCAGUGAGUAGGUUGAUAAUCCCUCUCUACAAAGUACAUCCCUACAGAAUAAAUACAUAUCUCAGGUUUAAGUCCCUCAAACCCAUUUGUAUUUACCUUUUCUUACAUUUCUGUGCCAUAGCAAUAAAGGCAUUUAUGUAAGAAUAUGUAACUGGUAGCAAUCUUACAAGGUCUUCUCAUUACAUUUUCUGGAUUAGCAAUAUUAUAACUGUAAUCUCCAUUCAUUGUUGUGAUUCACUGUAUUUGAGUUGACGCACAAUUUAGACCACAGUAGAAGUUGGGUUUUGAAAAAAUAUCAAUUUACGAUUAUUUUGACACAUUUUACGAUAUGAACAUAUUGAAAUGAAUAAGGUCUGAUUUUUGCGGAGAUCUGUACCAAACAAAGAUGUUUUCGUAAGUCUGCAGAAUAUGAUGUGUAGUCCGGACAUCUCACCAGCACGACAAUUUAAUUUAAAAUGGUAUUUUGACAACAAAACAAGAAUUGCGCCUCCUGCAAUUUGAACAUUGCAGUAGGCCAUGUUGCAAUUUUGAUAAACUUUCGAUUAAUUGUUCAGCCCUAAGAAGUAGCACAUUAUUUUACAGAAAAGGCUAACAAUCACACAAUAUGCACAUACAACAUUUAGUGGCCAAGCAGACAAGAAUAACUUGGGAAUUAAGUGUAGGACUUCUUGGUAUAUUUUCAAUCUGAUGAAGUGUAUCUUAGUUACCUCUUUAUAUGUGUGUCAAGCAUGAUAGUCAUGUAGUACCGUUUCACUUAGUGAGUGAAUUUAUGCAGCAUUGUUAACUAUAUUUUGCAAUAACAGCAGAUGUCACAUUCUGGCUAAUGCAAAACACUAUAUGUAAAGUGUAAUCAGUAAGCCCAGAUGGAUGUAAUAAUAUCAUGUGUUCAGCAGGAGACAUUAAAUCAACUUAAUUAUUAACUAAAUACGUGGCUACUAAUUACUCUGCAUAGUUAGAAAUCAAGCUUUCACACUUAAGCACUUCCGUCUCUAUAUGACUUUGUACAUCCGUCUAUUUUGUAGGAUGUAGCACAUGGCACCAUCAUAAGGGAGAAGAUAGUGAACACUACUAAAGCUUUUAAAAAAUUUUAAUUCACAUGAAAACAAUUUGAUGUAACUGUGUAUUGUUUUUCAAAUAAAAUCAAAACCCUCA